AUGGAAGAAUUAUUUGGUCGCUGCGCAUGGGCCAAUUCCAAGGCCACUGCUGACGAAAGGGGCCCCAUUCAGCCAGAACCCAUUGCCAAAAAAAUGAAGAAAACAGAUGUCACUGCCCUAGAAAAAUUAAAAUUACGGAAAGAGAAAGAGGAUCGAAGUAGAGCCAGAGAAGAAAAACGUAUGCAGGCACUGCAGGAAUUGAUGGAAAUGAAGGAAAGGCACCAUAAAGAAAAAAUGGAUGCUCUAAAGAAGAUAGGCGAAGCUUUGGCAGGGCGUAAAUUAUUUGAAGAUGAAAACUAG